CCCCGCCUCCCAACUCCAGCCCCGGCCGGAAUAAGUUGCUGCCGGCGGCGGAAAGCCGGGCUGCGGCGCCACCGGCGCGCCAUGCCGGCGGUCAAGAAGGAGCUGCCGGGCCGCGAGGACCUGGCCCUGGCUCUGGCCACCUUCCACCCGACGCUGGCCGCACUGCCGCUGCCGCCGCUGCCCGGCUACCUGGCGCCGCUGCCCGCCGCGGCAGCCCUGGCCCCGGCCGCCUCGCUGCCCGCCUCGGCCGCCGGCUACGAGGCGCUGUUGGCUCCGCCGCUCCGCCCCCCGCGCGCCUACCUCAGCCUGCACGAGGCCGCCCCGCACCUCCACCUGCCCCGAGACCCGCUGGCCCUCGAGCGCUUCUCGGCGCCCGCGGCCGCGGCACCGGAUUUCCAGCCGCUGCUGGACAACGGCGAGCCGUGCAUCGAGGUGGAGUGCGGCGCCAACCGCGCGCUGCUCUACGUGCGCAAACUCUGCCAGGGCAGCAAGGGCCCGUCCAUCCGCCACCGCGGCGAGUGGCUCACGCCCAACGAGUUCCAGUUCGUCAGCGGCCGCGAGACGGCCAAGGACUGGAAGCGCAGCAUCCGCCACAAAGGGAAAAGUCUGAAGACGCUUAUGUCCAAGGGGAUUCUGCAGGUGCACCCUCCGAUCUGCGACUGUCCGGGCUGUCGAAUAUCGUCCCCAGUGAACCGGGGGAGGCUGGCAGACAAGAGGACAGUCGCCCUGCCCCCCGCCCGGGUCCUGAAGAAGGAACGGACACCCAGCUUCUGCACUAGUGAUGGUGACAGUGACGGGAGUGGCCCAGCCUACGGGCGGAGGCCAGGCCUGAAGCAGGAGGACGACCCGCACGUCCGUAUCAUGAAGAGAAGAGUCCACACCCACUGGGAUGUGAACAUCUCCUUCCGAGAGACGUCCUGCAGCCAGGACGGCAACCCCACCCUCAUAUCCAGCGUCCAUCGCAGCCGCCACCUCGUGAUGCCGGAGCAUCAGAGCCGCUGUGAAUUCCAGAGAGGAGGCCUGGAGAUUGGGCUGGGACCCACAGGUGACCUGCUGGGCAAGAGGCUGGGCCGCUCCCCCCACGUGGGCAGUGAUUGCUCUGCAGAGAAGAAGGCUCGGAGAGAGUCCCCCCAAGAGACUCUGCUGCUGCCGGCGCUGGGGCCCACCAUGGCCCCCGAGGACCACUACCGCCGGCUUGUGUCGGCACUGAGUGAGGCGGGCACCUUUGAGGACACUCAGCGACUCUACCACCUGGGUCUCCCCAGCCACGAUCUCCUGAGGGUCCGGCAGGAGGUGGCAGCUGCAGCUUUGAGGAGCCCCAGUGGCCUGGAAGUCCACCUGCCCUCGUCCCCAGCAGGUCAGCGCCGCAAGCAGGGCCUGGCUCAGCACCGGGAGGGCACCGCCCCAGCUGCUGCCCCGUCCUUCUCAGAGAGGGAGCUGCCGCAGCCGCCCCCCCUGCUGUCGCCCCAGAACACCCCUCACAUCGCCCUUGGUCCCCAUCUCAGGCCCCCCUUUUUGGGGGUACCCUCAGCUCUGUGCCAGACCCCAGGCUACGGCUUCCUGCCCCCCGCCCAGGCGGAGAUGUUUGCUCGGCAGCAGGAGCUCCUGCGGAAGCAGAACCUGGCCCGGCUGGAGCUGUCCGCAGACCUGCUGCGGCAGAAGGAGCUCAAGGAGCUCGAGAGCGCGCGGUCCCAGCUGCUGGCGCCGGAGGCCGCCCUGCGCCCCGACGGGGCCGAGGAGCUGCAGCGGCGCGGGCCCAUGCUGGUGCUGAAACACAGCGCGGCGCCGCUGCUGGCCCUGCCCCCCCAGGGCCCCCCGGGGCCCGGGCCCCCCACCCCGCCCCGGGAGCCUGCUCGCCGAGCCCCCCGGAAAGGGGACCACAGCUCUGCCUCCACCCGGCCCAGCGAGUCCAAGGAGACAACAGGGGCGGGGGUCUGGGCCCAAGAUGGUUCUGAGGACGAGCCCCCCAAAGACUCAGACGGAGAAGACCCCGAGAUGGCCGGUGUGGGGGGCCUCCUCACCCCCGGCCAAGCCCCAGCUGGACGGGCCAGCACAGAGGGGAAGGGGCUUCCCUCAGCGUCCACGCUGCCCCUGGACUUCCCCUACGCCGUCAGCCCCUACUUCCCCACAGGUGCCAUGGGGGGACUCUUCAUGGACGGAGAGGAGGCCACUGCCCCCGAGGACGUCAGCAAGUGGACAGUGGAGGACGUCUGCAGCUUCGUGGGGGGCCUGUCUGGCUGUGCAGAGUACACUCGGGUCUUCAGAGAGCAGGGCAUAGACGGCGAGACGCUGCCGCUGCUGACGGAGGAACACCUGCUGACCACCAUGGGCCUGAAGCUGGGGCCCGCCCUCAAGAUCCGGGCUCAGGUGGCCAGGCGCCUAGGCCGCGUCUUCUACAUGGCCAGCUUCCCGGUGGUGUUGCCACUGCAGCCACCAACCCUGCAGGGCCCAGCGCUGGAGCUCAGGGCAGGAGAACAGCCCCCAUCCCCAGUGACAGCCCCCUCCCCCUUUGGGGGGGGCCACAGUUCUGUAGGCCGGGCCUCACCCAAGCAGGAGAAUGGGACGUUGGCUCUGCUCCCGGGGCCCCCAGACCCCUCCCAGCCCCUGUGCUGAGCCGUCCAACUCCCGGCGACCUUGGACGCUGCAGCCCCUCCUCCUACAGCUCAUUUCUCCUUUUGGUUUUGGAUGCAAAAACACAAAGAAUUUUUUAAAGGAAAACAUGUGAUUUUAGAGAAAAGGAUGGAGUUUCCAAAGACUCUGUGGGGGGGACUGCAGAACCCAGAGCUGCCGGGAUCUGCAGCCCAACAUGGGCAAAGGAACGGAGAGGCUGGGCCGUCGCACCUCCCCUGCCCAGGCAGGCCGAGC